UGAUUAUGAGAGAGAUUAAAAACACUGUGUCACUCAUCAAAGCUGUGCUGUUGGAUGCUGAGCUAAAGCAGAAGCAGAAUCACGAGCUUCGUGAAUGGCUGCAACAGAUCAAACGUAUCUUGCAGAAGAUGUAAUCGAUGAUUUUCAGUGUGAGGCAUUGCGGAAGCACAUAGUCAACACUUCUGGUAGCAUCGGAAGGAAGGUACAACGAUACUUCUCCAGUUCUAAUUUUCUUGUUUAUCGCCUUAAAAUGGCACAUCAAAUCAAACAUAUUAAUAAGAAAUUGAAUAAGGUUGCUGCUGAUCGGCAUAACUUUGGCCUUCGAAUCAAUGAUAGUGAUAAUCAUGUUGUAAAAAGGCGUGAGUUGACUCAUUCGCAUGUAAUUGAUUCUGAUGUGAUAGGAAGAGAAAACGAUAAACACAAAAUUAUUGAUCUCUUAUUGCAAGAUAGUGAUCAUAAAAUUCUCUCUGUUAUUCCUAUUGUUGGAAUUGGAGGCUUGGGAAAGACUACGCUUGCAAAGACAGUGUUCAAUGAUAAGAGUUUAGACGAGACUUUUCCAUUAAAGAUGUGGGUGUGUGUCUCCGAUGAUUUUGAACUUCAGCAUCUGCUUGUUAAAAUCAUCAAUUCAGCUAGCGUUAGUGAUUCCGCUCCUAACGUCAUUCACCAAGCAAACAUUAAAAACCUUGAUGUGCAGCAGCUACAAUCUCAUUUGAGAAACACACUUGCUGGUAAAAAAUUCUUUCUCGUCUUGGAUGACGUAUGGAAUGAGGAUCAUGUCAAAUGGAUAGAGGUGAAGAAUUUAUUACAAGUAGGAGAUGAAGGAAGUAAAGUUUUAGUGACUACACGUAGCCACUCAAUUGCUGAAAUGAUGUGCACAAAUACAUCAUACACUUUGGAAGGUCUCUCUAGAAAGGAUUCCUUGUCUGUAUUUGUCAAAUGGGCAUUUAAAGAGGGAGAAGACAAAAAAUAUCCAAAAUUGAUAGAGAUUGGGAAAGAAAUUGUGCAAAAAUGUGGAGGGCUUCCUUUGGCCCUAAGAACAUUGGGGAGUUCAUUGUUCUUAAUUAAAAGAUGAUAUUGAAGAGUGGAA